AUGGCUUCCUUCAUCGGCUCUAACUCUCCACAAAUUUCAUCUCCCUCCUCGGCAGAGAUCAAAUUCGUCGGAAUCUGCGGAAAAUAUCAGAUUGAUCGAUCGAUUUCGGUUGAGAAGAAUCGCGACAGAAAUGCGAAUGCGAAUGCGGUGUCGUCGAAUAAGAGGAAAUGGUGCAUGUGUUCUCCGUCUACUCAUCCAGGCUGUUUCAGGUGUUCGCUCCACAAGAAGAAGUCGAGGCACUCUGUUAAUGCUGUGAAUCGCAGCGAGUUCCCGAACGGAUCGUUGGAUUUUCGUAGAUCGGCAAUGACGAAUUCGAUUGUUAGAAUCGGAGGCGUGGAAGGUGCUGAUCUCGUGAACAGAGCUUUAUCGGCUUUGAUUAGGCCUUCUUCGCAUCAGCUGCGGCCGCGAUCAGCGUUUCAACCUAGGCCUAGUCGUCUGUCAGUCAUGUCAAAAUCAGAGGAGUAG